UUUAUUCUUAUACCUUUAUUGUAACAGGUAAGUCUUUCUUGUAUUUCAUUACACGCGUUUCAUUUUCCUAUCUAUAAUAUAUAUAACUAUAAUAAUAUUAUAAUGACAUGCUGAAUUAAAGUGAAACUAAGCUGCAUUAAUGUAUUGUGACCGUUUACACAUUUCUAGACGUGAGAACCGCAGGAGCGCAGGGGCCGCGUGCGCAUGCGCACAAAACAUAACAAAUUAAGCCAAUCUUCAUAAGUGCGUAAUUCGCCGGGGAAAAAAUCGAAUCCGGUGUCAUGGAAACGGCUCCAAACGUCACGAGGAGGCGCGGAGACCUGCAUCUAUAUUUGAAAUGGAUUACAUUUAAAGUGUCUUUAAAUGGGCGGGGAACCGCUGCCCGUGUGUUUUUUUUUAACUGGUCAGAUGUUGCUAACGAAUGAUUAUUACAUUUUUCUUCAAUGUUGGUUUUCAAAAUAAAUUGCUUAAAAAGGGUUUAGUGUCCUCAUGCAUAUUCAUGUGCCUACUGGAGUUGCACGUAGAGUCUAAUCACGUGGUACAUGUUGCAUUUCACAGCACUGAUCUAAGCGGACUAAUCACGUUCAUUUUUGCUUGCGGCGUAAUAUAUUUUAUAAUGCAUUAAAUAGAAAGUGUUUAAAGAAAUUUUGUCCCACUAUUACUGUCGUGUACGAUUGUGUAUUUGAGAGUACAAAUGUCUCCGAUAUGAAAGGAAUGUUCUGAAAUUUGAAUGUGCUUUCUGAGAUUUCUGAGCCCUCUAGCGCCCCCUAGGAAAUGUUACCAUCAUUACAGUGAUGUACAAUAGGCGGAGAAUCAGAGGAGCGUAGAGAAGAGGGGGAUGCGAUUUACAGCACGCAAAGAGUGAACUGUGCCGUCCUACAAUCAAUGCGAAAAGAUGGGAUGCCUCUCGUGUAAGGACCUCGCGCGCAUCAUCCGUGGGAUGCAUUUAUCCGCACGCAUAUUUUUUCAGUGACACGGACGCGAGAGCUUGACAAGGGAUGAAUUCUCUUCCUCCCCGUGGAUGCGCCCUUAUCGUGUCCAAUGGAUCUCCCCGGCAUCAGCAAUACGACCAUGGACAGCAUGUCGGGUUCGGGCUUCAUUUUAGUGACAGCCACCAUCCAACCGGGUUUAAACGGCCUGAACACCCAGGCCAGCAACCACAGUGCUGGGCUCGAGGUGCAACGCAACACCCCGGUGAGGAGUUUGGAGGGCAACUCGAUCCUCCAGGGCAUCGCAGUGGCUGCGCAGGCGUUGCUUCUCCUGGCUAUAUUCUUGUUGUCCAGUCUGGGUAACUCAGCCGUCGUGGUGGUCAUCAUCAAACACAGACAGUUGAGAACAGUAACCAAUGCGUUCAUAAUGUCCCUCUCUCUUUCCGAUUUCCUGACAGCCGUUCUUUGUCUGCCGUUCUCCUUCAUGAUGCUCUUCAGCAAAGAUGGCAAGUGGAUGUUUGGAGACCGCUUCUGCGUCGCCAACGGCUUUUUCAACACGAGUUUUGGCAUCAUCUCCACCCUGACUAUGACUCUCAUCUCGUUUGACCGAUAUUACGCCAUCGUCAGGCAACCGCAGGCCAAAAUCGGCAAGAGGAGAGCAAUACAGCUGCUAGUGGCCGUUUGGUUAUCAGCCGUGGUCUUCUCGUUUCCCUGGUACCUGCUGCGCACCUCUGACAACCUGAUGGUGCACAAGCAAGGGUUUUACCAUUGCAUGUACGUGUUCCAUUCGGGCACCUCCAGGAUGGGUACCACCUUCAGCUUGGCUUUAAUAGUGACCUGUUAUCUGCUUCCAUUCGCCCUCAUGUGCUUCUGCCACUAUAACAUCUGCAAAACCGUCCGGCUGUCGGAGAUCAGGGUGCGGCCGGUGACCACUUACGCGCACCUGUUGCGCUUCUACAGCGAGAUGCGUACCGCCACCACGGUGCUAAUCAUGAUCGUAUUCAGCAUCUUCUGCUGGGGACCGUACUGUCUGAUGGGCGUCAUCACCGCAUUGGGGAACUACACUUUCAAUCCUGCCAUGGACACCGUGGCCAUCUGGAUGGCGUGGGCCAACGGUGCCAUCAACCCUUUGAUUUACGCCAUAAGGAACCCGAAUAUAUCCAUGCUGCUGGGCCGGAGCAGGGAGGAAGGAUACAGGACUAGAAACAUCGCUGCGUACCUGUCCACUCAGACGCAGCGCAGGGAGGCGGUACGGACACGGUCGGACCGGAUCAGGGACCGGUACGUGAGCCGGCACGGGGCAAACAGCCGCAUGUCUUCCUCCAGCCCGGCCAACGGGGGAGAGGUGGCCAUGUGGGCCUGUAAGAACCCGGCAGUGAUGUUCUGUAGAGAUGCCCACCCAGAUACCAUCACCGAACCCAAAGUUGAAACGGCUGACACCAGCUUGUAAUUGAUUGACACUUUAUAAUGACUUUCGUUAAUGACGUUUACAUUUAUGCAUUGGGAAGACGCUUCAAUUCACAGUGCAUUUAAGGUAUACGUUUGAUCAGUUUGUGUGUUACCUGGGAUUCGAUCCCACAACCUUUGCACUGCUAACACAAGGCUCAACUGUGCUACGUACAUUAUUCAAAAGGAAUUCGUCGACUCAAAGGGCAGUACUAGAGUGAAUCCAAAAGAAUUAUUUAUCAAGAAGUCUGAAUGUACGCUAACCAACGUCACAUAAUGCUUAACAAAUAGUUGACUCUCCAGGAAUGUGUAUGAUCAUUAUUGCACUAUUUAGUGUAUUUAUGCUUUAUUUUUAUUAGUUAUUAUAAAGUGUUACUGUGAUUUUAUUUACGAUUUAGCAUUUAUCGGAUUCUAAUAGCAUCAAAUUUUGUUUACAACCAAACGUACAUGAAAUUUAUAGUCUGAAGAUGAAAAUGUGUGAAGAUUAGAUCGGAAUGUGUGGAAAGUGCCAACAUAAAUGUCACUCAGAUGAGCCUAAUGUAAAUAUUAUAACACUGUGAAAACGCUAAAAGGAGUUUACAGGUAUCUGUCCUAUAAGCCAAACCUUAUUCGUGUUCUUCUUUAUACCCCUGGCCUGGGGGGUCAAUACUCACCCACAGAAAAACAAGAGUGAUACAAAGUUAUAAAAAUUCAAGGUUUCACAAUGAAAACAGGGUUGUAACGUUAUAAUUACUUUCACUCCUUCCAUUUGACAAACUCUUUAUCAUGACAAAGAAAAGCAAACAGCCAUUCCCUCUUGAUCUAUAUGUGAACCUGGAUCACAAAACCAGCCUUAAGUGGCACGGGAACAUUUUAAGUAAAAGACAAAAAUACACUGUAUGGGUCAAAAUGAUCGAUUUUUCUUUUAUGCCAAAAAUCAUUAGGAUAUUAAGUAAAGAUCAUGUUCCAUGAAGAUUUUCCUACCGUAAAUAUAUCAAAACAUUAUUUUUGUGAGUAGAUGGCCUGCCAAAGUGCCUCUCAUUAACAACUUCACAGGCAAUUUUCUCAAUAUUUAGAUUUUUUUGCACUCUCAGAUUUCUGAGUUUUAAACAGUUGUAUCUCAGCCAGAUAUUUUCCUAUUCUAACACUUUAUACAUCAAUAAAGAAAACAUAUUUAUUAAUAGAAAGCAUAUCUAUUCAGCUUUCAGAUUAUGUAAAAAUCUCAAUUUCGAAAUGAAUUGAUCCAUAGGACUUGUUUUGUUGUCUAGGGUCACAUAUGAGAGAUCAUAGUUACAGUAUAAUGAAGAUGUGCCAGACAGGUCAUGUUUAUAUUUAUCAUAAAUAACAAUAUUGUUGAAAGAAGAUUAUAGCCUAAAUCUUUUCAAAGAUGACGCCUGUAAAUAACAGAUAAAACUAACAAACUGCCUUAAUUGUUGGAUUGUAGCACAGUUUACAGAAUGCAGGACUUAUAUCAGAAUUUUAAUAUUUGGAACGAUUUCUAUAUUUCAAUUUCUUACAGGAUCUCACUCUGGGACGUGUGUUUAUAGUGACUGUAGCAUCAGACUAUGCCACUUGUAAGUUCGAAGUUAGAAUUGUAGGAUUGUCUUUUGUUUGAAUGUCAAUGUAAAGACCAACAUUAGCCAUAUAGAGGGGUGUGUUGUGUUCAUAAUCUAGCUGGACUUGAAACUAAAGCACAAGGUUUGUCAAACACGAUGCCCUCCUGAAACUGUUGGAUUGUAGAGAGAGUUUGAUUAUAUUAAGUGUUCAUUUUUAUUCCUGUUUAAACAAGCUUAUCUUUCUGCUGUCAUAAGAGACGCAAACAUUGCAGAGAAUACACACUUGCUCAUAUUGAUACGUUAUCAUUUUCUCAUCUUAACUUAUUUUUGGUACAUCAAUGACAUUUCGAAAGAAAGAUCAACAAUAUGUAAUGUCUUUCAUGAGGUUUGCAAAAAUAAAGUUUG